AAAUGAAGGUUGGAUUUGUGUGCGUAUGUCCGCCUUUCUUGAAUCUUGACCCCUCCUCUCUCUCUCUCUCUCUCAGAGGACUUCACAUAGUCUUAACUAGUCUCUCCUUUUGCUGUGGCAUGUCUUUACCAAAUUUUCCUUUUGAGUAAUACUGACGGAAAACAUUGUCGAUACAGAAACUGAAGCUAAAGAGAGAAAAAGUACUCGAAUUCGGUGGUUUUGCGUUAUAAUUUACAUCCCCAGAAAUUCUGAAUUUUCAGGGGCUCGAACAAAAUGGGAGUCGCUUUCCAGGAUGCCAUCGACCAGCUGCAAGCAUUGAUGGAUCAAGGUAGUGAGCCAUUGCAGGCGACAUUUCAGAAUGUUCAUCAAGGGUAUAUCACUGAAACAUUGGUGCGGUUUCUAAAAGCAAGGGACUGGAAUGUUUCAAAGGCCCAUAAAAUGCUGGUUGAUUGUUUGAACUGGAGAGUACAAAAUGAGAUUGACAACAUAUUAACUAAACCCAUAAUCCCUCCUGAUUUGUACAGAGCUGUGCGGGAUUCACAACUAAUUGGAUUGUCUGGAUACUCAAGAGAGGGGCUUCCUGUCUUUGCUAUUGGAGUUGGUCUUAGUACAUUUGACAAAGCAUCUGUCCAUUAUUAUGUGCAGUCUCACAUUCAAGUUAAUGAAUAUCGUGAUCGUGUAAUAUUGCCUACUACAUCAAAGAAGCAUGGUCGACCUAUUACCACAUGUGUGAAGGUCUUAGAUAUGACUGGACUGAAGCUGUCAGCCCUGAAUCAGAUUAAGUUGUUAACAAUUAUAUCAUCCAUUGAUGAUCUCAACUAUCCUGAGAAGACAAAUACUUAUUACAUUGUGAAUGUCCCAUACAUAUUUUCAGCUUGCUGGAAGGUUGUGAAGCCACUUCUACAAGAGAGAACAAGGAAAAAAGUGCAGGUCUUGCCGGGUAGUGGGCGAGAUGAACUGUUGAAGAUCAUGGAUUACUCUAGCUUGCCACAUUUCUGUAGACAAGAAGGGUCUGGAUCAUCUAGACAUUCAGAUAGUGGAAGUCAAAACUGCUAUUCCUUGGAUCAUCCGUUCCAUCAAGAGCUCUACAAUUUCAUCAGGCAGCAAUCCAGACUCCAUGAAUCUGCUGAACCCAUCAAGCAGGGAUCUUUUCAUGUGGAUUUUCCCGAGCCUAAAGCCGAAGAAUCUGAAAUUGCUCAGACUAUACAAUCCGAGUUAAACAAGUUUGGGAAUGGAAAUGUGGUUUCUAACUCACUAAAUAACCUCAAAAUCAACGGUGAUUGAAACCCUUGUGGGGUUGAGGAUUUGAACUGAUGAUGAGUUAGCAGCUCAUGGUGUAUUUGCCCAUCUAAAAUGAUCUGUGCUAAUGUUGUAGGUUUUUGUGCUGUUUCUACGAGUAUUGUGAAGAAUUAGUCAGUCUUGUUUAUGGAAGUCUGAGAAAUUCAGGGCGUAGUCAGCAUAAUACAGUUCCCAUCUUCAAAUUAUGCUGCGAAUGCAGUAGAGAAAUGUCAAAUAUAAUAUUUUAUA